GUGGGACGCAUAAGGUACGGAAAAAGUUACAAGCCUAUUCAUAAAAUCAGAGUGCUGACUCGGCAUCGGAGCAGCAUCCUAUGGAUAAUGUUGUCUUUCAUAUCGGGGCCAAUAUCCGGAUUCCAACAAAACAUUUCUCAUGUACAAAAAGAAAACUCAGCCUUUUCACUCUCUUCACCCUGUUUCUAAGUUCUCCUCUCUCUCUCUCUCGAUAUGUAAACUCCCACCGGCAUUGUUCACUUCAAAGUUCGAUUCCCACUUCAGCAAACAACAGCCUUGCACAAACCACCUUGUCUUAUAUUCCGUCUACACAAAACCGUAGCCAUUUUUGUGGCGCAGCAGAAACAGAGACGGGUCGGAGUAGGUGAAGGAGACCUCAGACGGGUAAAAAUGGCUUCCACUGUAUCAUUGUACGAGGUUCUUGGGAUCCCCGUGAGCGCGAGUUGCCACGAGAUCAAAGCCGCGUAUAGAAGGCUGGCAAGAAUUUGUCACCCUGAUGUGGUGGCAAUUGGCCGGAAAGAAACAUCAGCCAACGAGUUCAAGAAGAUCCAUGCAGCGUAUUCGACGCUUUCCGACCCCGACAAGCGUGCUUGUUACGAUAGAGAAAUUUAUAGGCAUCGUCGAGGGCAUUAUGGUUCUUCGGAGCUGACAUCGGCGAUGUCGGGGUUUGCCGCAUGUACUAAGAGGAACUGGGAGACCGAUCAGUGUUGGUAGCUGCAUUCGAUUUAGAAGGCCAUAUAUAUGUACAGGCGUGUGUCAUCCGCUCUGUUCUUCACUUUGUGUGAUAAACUUUUUGUGGUUUUGAUUGAAAGCUGUAUAGCAAAAAGUCAGAAAUGGGCAAGAUUGCCGUUCUCUCUCUCUCUCUCUUAAUGUAUAUAUUUUAAGCUAA